UACUCAUUCAUUCUAAUUUCAAAAUAAAAUUUAUCGUUACGAACAAGUAAAACAAAAUUGCAUUGUUUCUCUUUGAUAAAUAAAUAAUCUUAAAUAAAAUGAACACCGUUCUCCAGCCAGUUCUAGAUUUGUAUCCAAAAUAUUGCAUAGAAAGACAGAAAUGUCCCAGCUACGUUGAAAUGUAUACAAAAAAAUCUAGUGAUGUUAUUAUGGUGUAUUUAAAGGCUAAACAAAAUGUGCUGUCUGCGGAUACUACAGGAAAAGCAAGUCAAAAUCCCAAAGAGGAAUUGGAUUUAACUGGGUCUCCACUUAAACUGGACUUGAGUCUGCACACAAUCUUGGAUGAUACACUUAUAUCAGAAGAGGCUCAGUUGUGGAACAAGGAUGAAAGCAGCCAUAUUCCAAUUGGCAUUGAUAAGGCUAGAGAAAUAGCCAACCUUUACAAUAUGGGUAUAUCAAAGCUGAAUUCAGAAGACAGCAUACCUAUAUGGAUAGUAUGCAACCCGGAGUCCGAGGGUAAACCAUUGUUGUUAACCAUACAAUCAAAUGAAGAACAGUUUGCUAGAGGAAUUGUUACUUAUGAUGGAGCUAUGUGCUUGGAAGAAGUAGAUGUUGAAAAUAUUAUAGAGAAAUUUGCGAAGGAAGAAGGGCUCAAUGAAGAUUUGGUAGACAUAUCAGUGGAUUGCAAAUAUGUGCUGUCAGGCAUGUCAUACAGCUCUCGCAACACUGAUGAGUUGCUGAAUGCGCCCCAUGGAGGAGUCACAGAGUUACACUGUGAAUGGACAGGAAAUACACUUAUAACUCCCUUCAUAAGCUGCAAAGUUAACUUUGAGCAAGAAGUGAUAGUAGGGCAUUUAGCAAGCCCAUGCAAUGCAAUCUGGAAGUCUGUGUACGCACUGCACAAUAUCAACCAAAUCCUAGUUGACAUGACUGCUGCUGGCAGCGCUUCUGUCAACUUAGAGACUGCUCAAAUCAGAUUAUCCAACCCAAGCCUUAAAUAUCCGAACAACUCCAAGCGCCUAAACCAGCUGUUAAACGAAACAGAAGCCUACGCAUACACCGCGCAGUAUCCCGAAGGCGGCUGCGUUUGUGUCACGGAGAACACCACCACACUCAAGCAGUGCUUAUCCGUCAUGAACGCGGAGGGUUCCAGCAACGACUUUAUAUACAAACUGUGGGACAUAUUGAGAGAUUGUGAAACUGCUGAAGAAGUCGUGACGUUACUGUUACAAGCCCUCAAAUUCAUAUCCAGUGGAAAGAUAAGACCAUUCAUAGACGCAAACAACAAGACUUACCUAUCCAAGUUGGUACUAAAGUUAUCCCGCGGUCACUCCCAAGCGUCCAAAGUCCUAAAGAACUUGCGCGCCAGCCCGCCGCAGGCGCUUUCGCUCGUCGCGCAAGUCGGCACUGAGAAGACCAUGUGGGAGUACACUAGAGUCAUGAGUCUCUUGGAACAUUCCUUCUUCAUUGCUGGCAUCUGGACGAGCGAUAACAGAACCCACGAAUCGAUCGAGCAAAUAAACCAAACCAUUCAAGACAUGACAAUGUGCGGCGAGUUCUCCCUGAACCCGUUCGAGACGCUGUCCUCGGGGGACCACUCCAUCCGGUUGGACUCGCAGUCGUUCUAUGAGGACGACCCUCACGAGCUCACUGUGGAUGAUUUCGCAUCACUCAAGAAACAUGGACUUGUGACUGAAAAAAAGGAUGUUAACGAGGUACCUUUAAUAUCAGACGAGAUCGAUAUCAGCCCUUGGAAAAACCUGUUGAUGAAAUUUGCACAAGUCCACGUGUGCUUGGAACAUUUGUACCGAGCCGAAGUUUGUUUGCGAGCUGAUUUCACGAACCUGAAGCCAAUCGCAGCCCGUCUGUUAGAACACUACGUGUCAGAACGAUCGCCUGUCAAGACCGUCGGACAGCUGAUCAGCGACCCGGUGCAGAGGACAUCCAUGCCCAUCGCCAACAAUGUGGUCCAGGACCAUCUGAAAAAAUCUGCCUUCUGGUACCGCAUGGCGUUGCAAAGAAAACCGAAAGCAACGGAUAUGGGAGUGAAAAGAGAGUCUAAACGAGUGUACGUGUUCACUCAGCUACCAGUGUUUCCACCUUCCGUGUGGCAGAAUUUAGAACCACCAGCAGAUGAGGUUGGCGAAGUCACUAAUAUCGGGAUGGAAGAGCUCAAGUAUCACAUCACCAAAUACACAUACAUUUGCAACAAGGUCAAAAAUAAAUUGCCGGUUUAAAUUUUAAUUACACUUACAUUACUUUUAAUAUUGUCAACCAACAAUCAUGUGCCUUAAGUAAUAUUAGAUUACAUUAUAUAACAAUACCUUCAAGAAAAAAUAUUUUU